CCGGCCCAUCAUAAUUCAUAAGCCCCAUUUUAAAUAACUCUAAACCCUAAUUGAGACGAACUCUGCUGCAAAUCGCAUUUUUACAGAGACCUUCCUAGCCGUAAGCCAUGGUGAACGUUCCCAAGACAAAAAAAACUUACUGCAAAUCAAAGGAGUGCAAAAAGCACACCUUGCAUAAGGUCACACAGUACAAGAAGGGGAAGGAUAGUUUAGCUGCUCAAGGAAAGAGACGUUAUGAUCGCAAGCAGUCAGGUUAUGGUGGCCAGACCAAGCCUGUCUUCCACAAGAAGGCCAAAACAACCAAGAAGAUUGUGUUGAGGCUGCAAUGCCAGGGCUGCAAGCAUGUCUCCCAACACCCAAUCAAGGUAUGCUCUUCAUUACUGCACAUCUGUUUCGAUCUCUCUAUCUCUAUAUAUGUUCUUUUUGUGUUUAUGAGGCUGCAAUCACCAUCUUCUUUGCAGAGAUGCAAGCAUUUUGAAAUCGGUGGCGACAAAAAGGGCAAAGGAACUUCCCUCUUCUAAUUUGCUUUCUUAUGUGGGAAUACUGCAGCGACAUUUUUUUGUGUUGGCUAUAUGUUUUGUGAAAUACUAUUAGACAUCUUGUAACUCAAUCUUGUGUUACUGACAUUGAACCAGUUUAUGAAAUUUAUUCCAUAAA